AUGGGCAAAAUCAUCAAGACGAUGCAGUCCAAGCACAAAGAGACUUUGUCUCCUUGGCUGAAAAACUACGUCGAAACAGCCUCCGCCAUAGAUUUGCCGUCCUUGCCGAACCAUCUGUCGACAUUCCCAUCGAGAUGGCCAUUCGGACGUGGAGAUUUGUAUCACUGGAUACCGCUUCUCAACCGAUUUGAUAGCAUUUUGGAGCAUUUCAACAAAACUUAUGCCCUGAACGAGGGUCCACAGUCUCGAGAUUUCGCCGCCGACGUCCUCCUCAACCGUGCAAAAGAUUCGGCAUUCAGCAGCGAGAAACAGUGGACAUAUGAGGAGCUUCAAGAGCUUGGUUUCUCGGCCGAUGGUGACAGGGUGCUGAUAGAGGCUGUCUUGCUAUUCACUCGCAUGCUCCUGGAGCAUUGCGGCAACCGCAGCAUCUAUGCGAGCAGCCCGCAUCUCAACGACCUUCUUAACACUACCGCAUUGUCUGUUCUCAUUUCAACAUUGGAGGUGGGCUCCGAGUUAGCUCAGCGGUAUCAGGCUUCCGUCAAAAGGAUCGGCAAUGCUUCCAGGCAGAUAAGUGCAGCACUGUUAGCAAACCAUUACAACAUCGACAUCGAGCGAGUCCAACAAAUUGCGCUGCCGUUUGUCAAGACUCCCAUAGUAAGCCUAGCUGACCCUGCGUCAUCCAUAACCCCAGUCUCGACCAAGGGAAAGGAAAAGGCACACGGGAGCAGUAGCAGAAACUCGACUCCGACCCAUGCUAACGACCUGGUUGCAAUUGCUACCUGUGACGAUGCAAUGUGGCAGGGAUGGGGCGACGUGAAAGUGCUGUACUAUCCACAAGACAGCAAUGUCGGCGUUGACGUGUCAAAUGACGCCGGCCGAACGUCACUCCCCUCAACACCGACCCCCCUACGCCGCAGCCAUACCGUUGGUAGCCAGCAGAACACUCCCCGAGCCCGAAAUAUCGGUACCGAUGACUCAUCUCCUAUUAUCCCGCGAACUCCAGCUGUUUCGGAGGAACAUGCCAUCCCAGGUCAAAAGUCAUUUGAUUUGCCCAAGUCUGUGGUUUCGACUACAUCUAUCUAUGACCUUGUUAAGCGAUGCCCCGAUGACAUGCCGUCAUCUGCAAAAUAUGAGCUUUUUCACCGAGUCCGAGUUGCAAAGGCACUCACUGAGUCGCUCGAGUCGCGUCAGAAAAUACUCGCGAUCCGGUUACUUGCGAUUACCAAUCUGGCCUACAUCCAUACCGAAUCAAACUUUGUUGACAAGGUUCUUCGUCACGAUAUUGACGAGACCAGAAGAUACCAGCUUGUCUACCAACUUGCGGAGCUGAUACACCCCUCGGCUGAUGGACAUUCAAAAAUACCGCUAUGGCUUCAGACGUUUGCCCUGGCUCUCCUGGAGGCUGUGUCAGGAUUCCAUGCCAGAUGCCAAGAUGUUCUGUCUGCCUUGAACGCCAAUGUCAACCACGGAAUCUUGCUCUACGUCAUUAGAAAGGCUGUAGCGGGCAUGCAGGUUGAUGAGGCGACCGACAUCGGUGACCAGGCCAGCGAAGCAGACGACUGGCGUAACAAUCUCUUUUCUUUGACCUUGCAUCUGUCCAUGGCCACCCGCGUUGGAAGUGAAAUGGUUUCGGCCGGUCUUAUGGAUAUCCUGGUUGAGAUUCUCCACAUCCGGUCCCAAGUGGCUCAACGACACCAUUCGAUGGUGUUGGCGUUUCUAGAUGGCCUUAUUUGGACGUAUCAAAAUGCAUUCACUGCCUUCUUCAAUGCUAGCGGCCUAGGCGCCGUUGCACAACUGCUAGUAGACGCUGUUACAGAGGCCCAGAAUUCGCUAAAAUCAUCUAAAGGUGUCAAACCCGACCAACAGUCUGUGGUGGUCGACUAUGAGAUCCCUUACUACCAGCAGCAGACGCUAAAAUGGCUUCUCAAAUUUGUCCAUCACAUCAUGUCAAAUUCUUAUAGUUAUGGUGGCAAUACUGAACGCCUGCUAAGAAAUCUAGCAGAAAACUCUGACCUGCUUCACAGUCUGCGAGAAAUCAUGGCUAAUAAGCAGAGCUUUGGAUCGGUGGUGUGGACUAAUUCAGUCACAAUUCUAAGUGAUUUCAUCAAUAAUGACCCAACCAGCUUUGCCGCCAUAUCUGAGUCCGGCAUGAUCAAAACAUACCUCGAGGCAAUUACUGGUCAGCCAGUGCCGGAGCAGCAACAAGGUGGGGAGUCGAAGCAGGCUGAACAACACCAAGAAGACCAAGGUGAUGCCGAGUCUCCGGAUUCGUCUGCUGCCGCCGCUUCAAUUGCAGACGAAGAUGACCGGCCGCAUCCUCCCUCAGACGAUGAUAUUCGCCGCACAAGGCGCAACAAACCUGCCGAGGGUAUUUUGGCCUCUUCAGAGGCGAUCAAUAUUGUUCCUCAGGUCCUGAAUUCUAUCUGCCUGAACAAUAUGGGCAUGAAGCUGGUUGUCGCCUCGCGAGCUUUUGACAGCUAUCUUGAAAUUUUUGAGAGCUCUCAGCAUGUAUCGUGCAUGGAAGCAGACAGCGACUUGGCGGGCAACGUCGGCGCCAACUUUGAUGAGCUUGCCCGUCACCAUCCACCCUUGCGAACGUCCAUCUCCAAUGCUGUCAUCGACAUGGUUGCCAGAGUACGAUGGCUGGGAAUUGAGAGAGGAAUGGAGUCGGACUGGGGUGCCAGGCUGUACGUCACCACUGCAGAGGGAACUGUAGUCACUGUUCACCCGAACGAACACUUCAUGAAAGCACCAACGGUAGAGUCUGCCCCUGAGCGACAGGGUGCUACCACCGAAGGAGCAGACGUGGACAUGUCUGACGCAGCUUCCACCAACGAGACUAUCACCGAGAAGAACAAGAAACCUCAAAAACUGGCCCCCGCUCAAUCACUUACACCAUACAUUCAUGGUCUGGCUAAUUUUUUGACCGGCUAUUUGUCUAAUACACUGCUCAAGGUGAACUUUGUGAGAAAGGGUGGCAUUGAGCUCCUUCUCGACUUGUGCGAGUCACCAAGUCUCGACGCAUCAUUUGGUGAUUCAUCUGCCUCCAGAGUUCUCAAUCAGGUCAUCGCCCAAUUAGUUGAGCACUCCCCUGUUCGGGGUCUGCCCUCCCUAUUGCGCCGCGCGCAGUCAAACAUUGAUGUGUUGAAACCUCUUGCAGCCAAGACUGAAGCUCUCCCUCCGUACUUUGGCGCUUUCCUUGCUACGGAUUUGCAUGUCUGGAGCGAUGAUCCCGAGCAAUCGAAAGUUGUUCUACAAGCAACGCAAAAGAUCAAGGCACUGUUGAACGCUCAAAAUUUGAUUAAAAUCAUUUCCGACUGUUUCACCACGUCGAGGUCCAACGCCCUGCAGUUCUACCCCGUGAACAUUUAUGAUUACUAUUUGAAGCUCGUAAAGUCUAUCGGACCCUUGUUGCGAGGUAUUUUGGCCGAGGAAGCAGGCGAGCUCUCCGUUGUACCACAGCAUUGGUCGUUGCGCCGUCAGGGUUUUCUCGGCGUGACCAACACAAGUGAGGGGCGUGAUGCUGCGGGGAGCGACGAAACCUCAAUCCCAGAUGUGCUCAACGAUGCUGCCAGAAGCUGGCCCUCUGCUGAUGGCACUGACACUUCUGCACCCGUUGAACCUACGGAGCAAGAGCGCUCUAGCGCCCGGUUCAUGAACUACGAGAUCUUGCACACGCUUUUGCAUCCCAUGAUCCCCACCUCCUUCCCCUUGUUUCAAUCUCUAGGCAAAGCCCUCUUGCCUAGGAGAGAGCCAAACCACCUUGAUCCAUUCCCUCGUCCUAGACAGUUGGAGAUUGCGAUGGCCUUGGCGGACACUGUCUUAUCGCAUCUUGGCCCGUCAGUCGCCCAGGCUGAGCCUACAUCUAAAGACUUCCAUUACUGGAUUAUUAUGCUUCACACCAUUCAUGAAAUGCUAAUCGACCACCCUUCACCUCGACAAAGCGACAGAUCCAAUGUGCAAAUUAUCAUGCCAGUUCUCCUUGCAUUCAAAGAACAAGGUGGCCUCGACGUGCUGAAUUCUAUACUCAGGAUCUUGGCAUCUUCUGUGAAGGCGGGGCCAGACAGCAACAUAGACGAAACGUCAAAAGUCAAGGUUGCCGCAUUUGGACUUAAGAAAGUCCUUGAUCUUUACUACAUCCUGGUGAACGGAAAGUACUUGUCGGAAAGCAGCAACCACUUCAAUCUUCAUCGCCAGGCCGAUCGGUCACAGAAUAUUCCAAACGUAGCCCAGCAGAUUGUGGUUGAGUUUCGCGCAGCAAUUCUGCCUGCCAUCAUGGAGCUUUGGACGUCCAACUUCGUCGAAAAGGUUCCCGAUGCCACGGUGAAGAGACUCCUGGAUAUUCUCAAGAUUGUGUGUGCGGCUGAGCACGAACCCCAAGCUAUCCCCAAAGAUGCCAAGGCGCCCUUGAUGCUUUUCAAAUACACUGAUGCGAGAUUUAACUGGGCAUCUGUUCAAAGCGUGGUGAAAGAGGUCAUAGACACGGGCUUUGAGGAAGAUCUUGUUCACGAAGCAGUCUAUAGAGCCAAUGGGAACACUGCACCCGUUAUCGAAUAUUGCCGCGCUCAUACAGACGGUCUCGCAGGGCCACGAAAUCCCAUUCCUCCUGAGGACGCAGACAUUUCGGCUCUACAACAAGAAUCAUCAGCAGUCCAAGAAGAUCAAUCGAAUACAGUUACUGCCCCUGACUCCGACCAGAUGAUCUUAGAUGCUCUUCCCGAUAUAUCUGCUGAUGACAUGGUCGAAUAUGUCGAUCGGCAUAUCGGCAAUAUUCAGGCUGAUAAUGAUAAUUCAUCAGAAGCCACGGGUGUAACGUCAUCCAAUCACAGAGAUGACACGACCGACAAAAUCCCUACUAUGAAUUUUGUUGUAAAUUUCAACGUGGUCAAGGACGAACUGGACAACAUGCGUUCCAAGAUCCGCGCACAAUUGAUUGACCAAUGUCUGGACGUGAUUCGAACCCAUCCCGAGACGGCCAUUGAAGUAUCAGAUUUGGUAUCUACCACCAUUUUGCGACGGCAGAAUCAGGAAGCCCAGGAAGAGGUUGCCUCCACGCUCACAUUUGCUCUUUCAUCUUUAUCUCUGGACGAGGAUGAGAAGCGGCGAAAUGGCAAAUGUAUUGCAGCCUACGCUCACCUCUUGGCUCUGUUGCUCCAGGACGAGAAUUUCUUUGAGCACAAUAAGGAAAAUCUCGCUGAUAAGGUAGACGAGUAUGUUGGCUUCUUGAAAGUCCCACUUUCGUCGUCCACCGACGAAUUGCCGCCUUGGAUUCCUUAUAUUUUGCUUGUUCUGGAGGCUCUUCUCUGCCACGAUGAACGACCAGUCCCGGUGCAAUGGAAGCCGCCAAAGUCUCUAGAAGACCCCGUUUCUGAGCCUGUCAUUCGAUUAGGCCUGCCACUGGUUGGUGAUGAGAAUUGUAACAAAAUUCUGGAAUCUCUACUUAACUUGCUGCCUCGUAUUGGCAAGGAGGAGAUUCUGGCAACUGCAGUGCUGAGGGUGCUUUUGAUCCUGACUCGGAAACGACGCCUCGCAAAGGUCGUAGGCGAGAAGAAGAACCUGCAGCGAUUAUUCCUAAUGGCCAAGCAACUCUCUGGCUCCGGCUCCGAGCGUCUGAAGCAAACAAGGCUUACUGCACACAUCAUCACCAUCUUAAGGCACAUCAUUGAAGACGAGGAUAUAAUCAAACAGAUCAUGCGCGCAGAGAUACAAGCGGACUUUCCCAAUUUAAUUAGGAACCAACGGGGCCACCCUGAUGUAUCAUCUUUUCUCCGAGCCAUGGCACCUGUUGCCCUUCGCGCUCCGGAUCUGUUUGUGGAAGUGACAAACGAGGUGCUUCGAUUUCAAAGAUGGAUGGCUCCAUCCGGGGAUUCGAACCGAUCGCAGGCUUUGGUUUGGAAAGACCAGCAAUCCGACUCCAAAACUGAAGAGGAGAAGCCAACCGCAGAUGGAUCUUCGAGCGAUACCGUAAAACCCUCAACAGAGCUUGCCGACAAAGAAAUGGCUGACGUCCCAAAGGCACACCAUGACAUUAAGCGACCGGUCGUAGAGAAUCCCGAUGGAGUCAUUCAUUUCUUGCUGUGCGAGUUAGUCAACUAUCGCGAAGUAGAUGACAAGGAACCUUCUGCGCCUUCUGACCUCAACACGGAGGUUACUGGAACGGCAAACUUGCGAGAUCCUAGCCCCAAGGAUAUUUCAGCAGCUGACGGAAAGGAUAAAAAACAAUCGAAACCUUUGUUCAAGGCAGAAGAGCAUCCUAUAUUUGUUUACAGAUGUUUUCUGCUGAACUGUUUGGCAGAACUCCUGCAGAGCUACACACGAACCAAGGUCGAAUUUAUCAACUUCAAGCGUAGCGCCCCACCCUUGUCGACUACAACCCCAAUUAAGCCACGAACAAGCAUCUUGAACUAUCUGAUUUACGAUUUACUGUGCCAAGGGAACCUCAACGGUACCACUGACACCAUUGUUUCGAAGAAGAAGGCAGCGACAUCGUCGCUGACUCAAAAGGUUCUGGUGGCCCUCGUGUCUAAGACCAGUGAAAAGGCUGCAGACCGUAGAGCCGACAAAUUUGUUUACGAUGACGAACCUGACUUGCUGUUUGUCCGAAAAUUUGUUCUAGACACAAUAUUGAAAGCUUACGAGAAGGCACCGCUCACUGAUGAGCCUCUUGAAACCCGAUAUUCCCGGAUGCAGUGCUUGGCUGAACUCAUGAACCACAUGAUUGGUGAGAGGGAUAGGGACCAGAAUCCAAAUUCACGAGGCAGCGACAGUCUUCAGUCUCGCUCACAGGCGCAGCUCCGCCGAUUAAUGUACGAAAAGGGCUACGUCGACAAGCUCACGUCGUCAAUCGCCGAAAUUAGCCUCAGCUAUCCGGGCGUAAAGCGGGCUAUCAAGUAUAUCCUCCGUGUUCUGCGUGUUCUAACCAGCACCGCAAAGGAACUGAGCCAAUCAAGUAUUUUACCUGCAGAUCCUGCUGGUGACCACAGUGACGAGGAAUUCGCAUCAUCUUCAUCACUGUCUGAUGUGGACGACGAUGAUAGAGAAGAGACUCCGGACCUGUAUCGUAAUUCCGCACUAGGAAUGCUGGAACCUCGGGGAGAAGAUGACGAGUCCGAUGAAGGUGAUGAAGACGACGAUGAGGACAUGUAUGGCGAUGAAUAUGACGACGACGAGAUGGACUACGGUGAGAAUGAUAUUACCGAUGGCGAGGAUGACAUUAGUGAUGAUGACGAAGAACUUGGUGGCAUGGGAGAAAUUGAGGGUCUCCCUGGUGAGCCAGGCGUGGUCGAGGUCAUCAUGGAUGAAGAUGAAGAUGACGAAGAAGACAGCGACGAUGAAGAGGAUGACGACAUGGACUCUGCUGAUAUGGAAGAUGUGGAAGACCGGGUAGAGAUAGUUGACGAGGAUGGGAACCCUCUUGAGGAGGAUGGAGACUCUGGUUGGGAAAGCGAAAGCGAUGUUGAGGAGGAUGAUGACCCGGACCAAGAUGCUCUGGAUUAUGACGCAGAGGUCCAAGAAGAAGGAGAAGCUCAUAUGCAUGGCAUGGCCCCAGGCGAUUUGCUUGACAAUAUGGCUCGGGCUAUUAUGGGGGAUGAUGGAGGGUAUGAUCCGGAUCUAGGUUUGGACGACCAUUAUCUCGACGAUGAGCAUGAAGAUGGUGGUAUGCUGAGUCCCCCCUCCCCAUUUCCUUUUGAAGCAAACCCAAGGGCGAAAAUACAGCUGCUAAUAAAAUGCACAACCAUAGAAGAUGAGGACGAGGAUGAAGAUAUUGAUGACGAGGAGUACAUCUAUGACGAGGACUAUCCAGAUGACCAACUGCCCCCAAUGCCAUCGUUGGGGUGGGAUGCUGUCAACCCUGACAUGGAUGACCGACAUCGUAAUAUGCUUCUCGUUGAUGGCCACAGACGACCCGUAUUGGCUCGAAUGGACAACCGCAGUUCCUUUCCCGGCCGUUUCCUCGGUGGAUCUCAUCGUGAUCAACUGGGAGAGUUCCGCAGCUACUUUACGUCACGAAACCACAGAUCUACGGGGGCACAAUCUAACGCGGAGGAUGGUCUCAAUCCCCUCCUGCGUCGCAGCGAUCAAGCAAACGAAGGCCUGCCUCGGCCUGGCCAAACGCACGCUUUAGAUUUAAGAAUUCCGCCUGGUUUGCUCGGCGCCGGUCGCCACUCCAUGGAUGGUCCCAUGGGCUUGUUGGGAGAACUCAUGGAAUUUUUGCCAAUGAUGAGCCAAAGCGGAAAUGGCCAACAGGCUUUUCAUUUCCACAUCACUGGACCUGGCGCACCUCGCGAAUUUAGAGAUCUUGGCCCAGCACGGUGGGUUAGGACUGAUAAUCGGCGCGACGCAACAGCCCAGGAGCCUCACCAAGCAGUUUCCUUCACCGCAGAAUCAACCUUGGACCGCUACCAGGAGGAGGCCAGGAUGGUUUUUGGGGUCAACCACACCACUGAAGCGUUUAAGCUUAUCAACAUUAUCACCGCACAGCUUACUCCCGCUGCAAUGGAGCUUGAGAAGAAGAUCAAGGCCGAGGAAGCAGAGCAUCAAAGACGUGCAGAUGAGGAACGAAAGAAGAGGGAGGAAGAAGAACGUCUUACCCAGGAAGCGAAAGCGGCGGAAGAGAAGGCUGCCAGAGAAAAGGAGGCAAAAGAACGUGAAGAACAGGAACGACUUGCGCGGGAACGCUUGGCCACUGCAGAAACCACAGAAAACGAGCAACCAGAUCGUUCCAGCGAAGAAGCGAUGGAAGGUAUCGAGACAUCUGGACCAUCAAGUGAGCCUCAGUCCGCAGUAGAGCCAGGGUCUACGUCCGCUGCCGCUGAACAACCCCGUGUUAUGACUACUAUCAGGGGUGAAGAGGUUGACGUUACGGAGCUGGGCAUUGAUCCUGAGUAUCUGGCCGCCUUACCUGAAGAAUUCAGAGAAGAGGUGAUUGCUCAGACUGUCAGUGAGCGGCGAUCUCAAGCUCGCGAGGAGGCCGCAGCUGGAGAGUCAACAGACGUAUUCCAAGAAUUCCUUGACGCUCUUCCUGACGAACUCCGCCAGGAAAUUGCCCAGCAAGAACGACAGGAAGAACGCAGGCGAAAUCGAGAAGAGGCUCGUCGCCAAGCAACUGUUCCAUCCGGACAGCCGCCUCCCGCUGAAAUGGACGCAGCUAGUAUUUUGCUCACCUUUCCACCUGCUCUUCGCCAACAAGUUCUCAUGGACCAAGGCGAAGACAUAAUGGACCAGCUCACACCGGAGAUGGCUGCCCAGGCGAGAGCCUUGAGUCAGCACCACCCCCCAAUGCCUCAGCAUCAAGGCGUACGAUCUAUCGUCACCCCAGGACAAGGACCUCCUCAAGCUGCUGCCCGGGACAACAGCGAAGGUAAAGCUCAACGCCGAGCUGUAGUGCAGAUACUGGACAAAUCUGGGGUGGCGACUCUUUUGCGCUUGAUGUUCAUCGCCCAGCAAGGUUCCAUCCGAAACUACUUGUUCAGCGUCUUUGCUGAUGUCUGCGAAAAUCGCCAAAACCGACUCGAGGUGGUAAGCACGAUCCUUCAGAUUCUUCAAGAAGGCAGCACAGAUAUGAACGCGGUUGAACGAAGCUUUGGGCAGCUAUCGAUAAAGGCAAGGAAGCACAAGGAGCGUGAAACCGACCAGAAAACACCUCAGAGUCUUAAGAAAACACUGACAAACUUGGGAACCACCGCCACACAAGUUCAACAGACCAACUCGGAAACCUCGCCGCUCUUGAUUGUGCAGCAGUGCUUGGACCUUCUGGUGGACCUGUGCACGAGGAGUCAACACAUACCAUGGUUAUUCUUGACCGAGCACGAAGUCGUAGGGUCUACUCUUAAGAGGGCAUUGAGCCGAAAAGGCAAGAUUAAGGACUCUAAGGCUCACAAGUACGCAAUCAACUCUCUCUUGACUUUGCUGGAUCGUGAGAUUGUCAUUGAGAGCUCUGUUGUGAUGACACAUCUCGCCGAUUUGCUAAAUCGUGUUACUUUGCCACUUCUUAGCCUCGACCGCAAACGCAAAGAUACCACAGAGGAGGUCAGAAAGGAAGCUCCUGUCGCUACUGAAGGAGAACAGCGGUCUGCCUCGGCUGAACAACAACCACCUGAAACGGGUACCUCUACUGAACCUCCCGCAGGGCAAAUACCAACUUCUGAACAAAAUGCCGACGCUGCGGAGGGAGAGCCUCAUCAACAGAAGAAAGAACCUGGAUCGAAGAAACCGAGACAAUUGCAGCCACCAGUCAUUCCACCACAGAAUCUCACUCUUGUUGUGAAAAUAUUCGUUGCUAGAGAGUGCAGCUCCAAGACAUUUCAGAACACCAUCUCCACCAUCAAGAACUUGUCGGCUAUCCCGGGCGCAAAGGCUGUUUUCGGACAGGAGCUCGUGAAACAAGCCCGUCUCUUGAGUGAAAAUAUCGUCUCAGACCUAGACGACCUUCUUCCCCAUAUCGAACAGGCCACUUCUGGUACUGAAAUCCAAGGCGUUGCACUUGCCAAGUUUUCUCCAGGGGCGUCUGAGCAAAACAAGCUACUCCGCGUUCUAACUGCAUUGGAUCAUCUGUUCGAUGGCCGCAAGAAAGGUGGUGAUGGCGAGACGGAGGAGUCUAAAGAGCAUGACAAGCAGCACCUCGUCACUUCUCUAUAUCACAACUCUACAUUCUCUGCCAUGUGGGAGAAGCUCAGUGCCUGCCUCAAGGCGAUUCGAGAACGAGAGAACAUGCUGAAUGUCGCUACAAUUUUACUCCCACUGAUUGAAUCCCUUAUGGUUGUAUGCAAGAACACGACGGCAAGCGAUGAUUUGUCCCAGAGCCAGGCGAGCAAAGGCAUGGUUCUUUCUAGUCCACCACCAGAAGCCCGGACCGCCAGUUUGUUCUUUGCCUUUACGGAAGAUCAUCGACGCAUUCUGAACGAACUGGUGCGCAAUAACCCAAAACUCAUGUCUGGAACCUUUGCGCUCUUGGUUAAGAACCCCAAGGUUUUGGAGUUUGACAAUAAACGGAACUACUUCAAUCGCAGUGUUCACUCGCGAAGUAGCCAAAAUAGUCGCCCAUCCUAUCCUCCCCUGCAACUAUCAGUCCGUCGCGAUCACGUAUUCCAUGAUUCCUUUCGAUCACUCUAUUUCAAGUCGGGUGACGAAAUGAAAUUCGGCAAACUUAACAUUCGCUUCCAUGGAGAGGAAGGCGUUGACGCGGGUGGUGUCACACGUGAGUGGUUCCAGGUGCUCGCUCGACAAAUGUUUGACCCCAACUACGCGCUCUUCACGCCUGUGUCGUCAGAUCGUACUACUUUCCACCCCAACAAGCUCAGUGGAAUCAACCCGGAACAUCUAAUGUUCUUCAAGUUUAUUGGGCGCAUCAUCGGCAAGGCCCUUUACGAAGGUCGCCUGCUUGAUUGUUUCUUCAGCCGAGCAGUUUACAAGCGAAUCUUGGGUAAAUCAGUAUCGGUGAAGGAUAUGGAGUCAUUUGAUCCUGACUAUUACAAGUCACUCUGCUGGAUGCUGGACAAUGACAUUACGGACAUCAUCACAGAGACAUUCUCGGUUGAGGACGACGAGUUUGGCGUUACGAAUGUUUUUGAUCUUGUUCCCAAUGGCCGAGACGUUGCUGUCACUGAGGACAACAAGCACGAAUAUGUACGACUGGUGGUUGAACAUAAACUCCUUUCAUCUGUCAAGGAACAGAUGGAGAAAUUUUUGCAAGGCUUCCAUGAUAUCAUUCCUGCUGAGUUGAUCUCCAUUUUUAACGAGCAAGAACUUGAGCUGCUCAUCUCGGGUCUUCCCGAUAUUGACAUUGAUGACUGGAAGAGUAAUUCGGAAUAUCAGAAUUACACACCAUCAUCUCAACAGAUUCAAUGGUUUUGGCGAGCUGUUAGGUCCUUUGAUAAAGAGGAACGCGCCAAGCUGCUCCAGUUUGUGACCGGUACCAGCAAAGUCCCCCUCAACGGAUUCAAGGAACUUGAAGGCAUGAACGGCAUCAGUCGUUUCAACAUUCAUCGAGAUUAUGGUGACAAGGAUCGAUUACCGUCAUCUCACACUUGCUUCAAUCAACUUGAUCUCCCAGAGUACGAAAGCUAUGACAUGUUGCGAGCUCAGCUUCACAAAGCCAUUACCCAAGGCAGCGAGUAUUUCGGAUUUGCAUAG